GUGAAUCCCACAUCUCUGCUUACUGCGCAUACUUCUAGCGAGCCUGAAAUGCGUGUAGUGAACAGAGAGAUGAUUCCAUACUCUUUUGAAGUUAGACGGGCACCUGUUGCAAUAAAUAGCGAAGAUGUUGAUAACUAUGACAGUGAAGAGCUCGAGGAUGAAAGUGGCUACCAUUCCAACGAAGACAUGGACACAGAAUUCAGCAGUUCCAUGCGAAAACUAACGCUUGGUGAUUUCAUUGUCAAUGGGUAUGUGUCGAAACCCUCCACGUCUGCACAAAGGGUGAGAAAGCCUAGCAGUAGCUCUGGGGUCACUUCUUCUUUUGAGGAGGUUUUUGCGGAACCUGUCAAUUUGCUAGACAUUUCGAGUGCAACUGGAGCUCCUCAUGUUUUUGAGGUUUAUGACAUCAAAAUCAAUGGUUUGGAUGCAUUUGACUUAAAGCAGGAGAUUCCUCUAUUAAUGCCUGGAUACUGUACUGUGCGAUGGUUUGGUACUGAAUGUGUAUCCUUAUCAACUAAGAAGGAUGUAACUCCUAAGUUUGUUCUAUUCUUCGAAGUUCUAAAGAAGGAGGGUAUCCUCAGGUAA